AUGAAGGCACCUGUUAACAGUAAGGUUAUUCGCACAAAUGAAGGACAUCUCCUGGAACUCAUGGAUGAAGAUGUUCAGUCUGUCAACGCUUUUAAGACCAGGCUGAAAUUUUCGCGGGAAAAACGGGACCGUAGCGAUGACAUUGAUGAAGUCACUGCAUCUAAACAUCAAAAGCCUAACCAGACACAGAGCUCUGGUGAUGUACUCACAGUUAGCGAGGAUGAUUUCAGGCAAUAUCAUCAAGCCAAAAGCCGCGUACGGGAUUUUUACAGAGAUCAGCAUGAAAAACAGACAAUGGCCUACAACCUACAAGCUAGGGUCAACUUCAAGACUAAGACUCGGGCUCGCAUGACAAUCUGGGAAGCCCUAUGCAAGUUAAGCAUGUUGAUUGACGACUCAGAUCCUGACACUGAGCUAUCUCAGAUCGACCACGCAUUACAAACAGCAGAAGCCAUACGUUCGGACGGAAAACCACGGUGGAUGCAGUUAGUAGGCCUCAUCCAUGACCUGGGCAAGAUCCUGUAUUUUUUUGACAGCGAAGGCCAGUGGGACGUAGUGGGGGACACGUUCCCAAUGGGCUGCUAUUUUGCGGACGAGAUAAUUUUCCGCGAGUUCUUCGAUGGAAAUCCGGACACUAAGCAUCCUAUAUACUCUACCAAGUUGGGCAUUUACGAGAAGAAUUGCGGCUUGAGUUCUGUGAUGAUAUCGUGGGGGCAUGACGAGUACAUGUACUAUAUUGCAAAGUCUCAAUCUACCCUUAACGAAAAGGCCCUGGCUAUGAUACGAUAUCAUUCAUUCUACCCAUGGCAUCGCGAAGGAGCUUACCGUUACUUGAUGAGCGAUGAAGAUUACGAAAUGCUCAGGGAAGUUCAAGAGUUCAACAAGUAUGACUUAUACUCUAAGAGUUUAAAGAAGUACGACAUUGAAGAGCUCAAACCCUACUACCUUGAACUCAUUGAUGAGUUUUUUCCGACCAAACAUGUAGAAUUCUGA